AUGCAUAUAGCAACAGAGGCGGCCGUGGACGAGGCGGAUAUGAAUGUUGAGGAUUUGAGGCCAAUAACAGAUCACCCGCAAAAGCAGUCCCACGCAGCCCAAGCCCUAGUCUCCACAACCACCCACGACCAAACAAGCAACCAACCCCCAUCGAUACACACGGAAAUUAUCACGACCACCGACCGCACCCUAGCACACCAGCACCCCCGAUAUCAACUUCCUUUUUUUUCACCGUUAAAAACACCACCAAAAUCGCCAAAAAUGGAAAACGAUAAGGGAGAACUCGUCGACCUCUACGUCCCCCGCAAGUGCAGCGCCACCAACCGCAUCAUCAAGGCCAAGGACCACGCCUCCGUGCAGAUCUCCGUCGGAAAGGUCGACGAGACCGGCCGCUACACCGGCGAGAACAUCACCUACGCCCUCCCAGAGGGAUGGUCUGUUGAAGAACGUUUGGUCGGCGGCGCGCCAGCACUAGAGGGUUUUUUUCUUUCUUUUCGCUGGGGUCAGGCAUUUGUGUUUUUAACAAAAAUAAAAAAAGCAUAA